AUGGCAAGUCCAGAAACCGGUGUAUUUAUUCGGUGCAUUUAUUCUCGAACAUUUCAACGCUUUAAAGGAUGGUUUACAACGAACCGUGUGUGUCAUCACUACCACCACUAUCAACGCCCUCACUAUUCCUGUCGUCACUACCACCACUAUCAACGCCCUUACAACGAACCGUGUGUCAUCACUACCACCACUAUCAACGCCCUCACAACGAUUCCUGUCGUCACUACACCACUAUCAACGCCCUCACAACAAACCGUGUGUGUCAUCACUACCACCACUAUCAACGCCCUCACAACGAUUCCUGUCAUCACUACCACCACUAUCAACGCCCUCACAACGAUCCUUCCUGUCGUCACUACCACCACUAUCAACGCCCUCACAACGAUUCCUGUCGUCACUACCACCACUAUCAACGCCCUCACAACGAUUCCUGUCGUCACUACCACCACUAUCAACGCACUCACAACGAUUCCUGUCGUCACUACCACCACUAUCAACGCCCUCACAACCACAACCGUGUUCCCCGUCGUAACUAUCACUACCACCACUAUCAACGCCCUCACUACCACCACUAUCAACGCCCUUACAACGAUCCCCGUCGUCACCGUGUCGUCACUACCACCACUAUCAACGCCCUCACAACGAUUCCUGUCGUCACUACCACCACUAUCAACGCCCUCACAACAAAUCCCUGUCGUCACUACCACCACUAUCAACGCCCUCACAACGAUUCCUGUCGUCACUACCACCACUAUCAACGCCCUCACAACGAUUCCUGUCGUCACUACCACCACUAUCAACGCCCUCACAACGAUUCCUGUCGUCACUACCACCACUAUCAACGCCCUCACAACAAACCGUGUGUGUCGUCACUACCACCACUAUCAACGCCCUCACAAAUCCCUGUCGUCACUACCACCACUAUCAACGCCCUCAGAACGAACCUAG